AUGCUCGACGACCCCGCCGACUUCUACGCGCUGCCGCCCGCCCUGCGCCGCAAGCUCUUCUCCAACGUCGAGCGCUGCCGCCUCGAGCAGCGCCACGCCGACGCGCGCCCGUGGACCGGCUGCUCGUCGUCCAGCGCCAGCCCAGAGCCGAAGCACCGCUUCCGCCGCCGCCGCCCGGCCCUGCUCGCCGCGCCCGCCGACUGCGCCUGGUUCCGCUCGCUGCCGCCCAAGGUGCAGCAGCAGCACUUCAGCCGCGAGGAGCGCGCCCGCUUCGCCCUCGUGCCGCCGUCCGGCAUCCUCGACGCUGCCGACGAGGCCCUGCUGCUGUGCUCGCGCCGCCGUCGCCGCGGCCACGGCCGCUCGGCCUCCGUCUCCGUGCUCUCGUCAUCCUCAUCUUCAUCUUCCUCUGCCCUCUCGCUCGCCUCCACCGCCCAGGCCGACUCCGCCGUCGCCAUGGACGACGCCGCGACCGACGGCUUCCGCUGGCUUGACGACGACGACGACGACGACGACGACAUUGAUAUCAACAACAACACCCAAACCCACAACCACAACCACAACCUCUCGCUCGACCUGCGCCUUGACUACCACGCCAGUCUCGCUCCAACCGCGUCCACCACGCCCGCUUCCGCCUCGUCUCUCCGCCGCACCUUCUCGCUCUCCUCGCGCUCCCGCCGUCGCGCGUCCAUCUCCAGCCCGCCCACGGCCCUGUCGUCGUCGGCGUCGUCCGCCGCACCCGCCAUGCCGGCCAAAACCCACCGCCGCGCCCUCUCGCGCCCGCUGCCGCCGCCGCCCCUGCACCUUGCCGCGUCGUCCAUCGACCAUCCCGCCCAGUACUACCAGGACCCCGAGGCCCGUCUCAAGCUGCGCGUCUACCUGGCGUCGCCGCAGAAGUUCGACGAGGCCGUCGAGUUUGGCUUCCCGGCGCUGCACCUGCGCGACAGCUUCGACGCCCGCCUGUCUCUCGACUCCGACUGGAACUUCCAGCCUGAUGACGACGAUGAUAGUCUGAAUAAUCAUACCGGAGACGAGAGGAGCAUGCACAAGCAGAUGCAGCCGCAGGCCUGCCUCCCGUCCGAGAGCAACCCGUGCCUCAGCGCCCUGGACGUCAGCGCAGGAACCCGCCCGUGCACGCCCAAAAAAUCGCCCAUGCGCCCGCGCCUCGUCAGCAACGGCCCCUCGCAGAGCGCCAUCGGCUCCCGCGAGAUGACCCUCAAGAUGACCCUGACCCGGCCCGACCUGCGCACCGCCGCCGAGCCGUCGCUGCCCGCCUCGCCGGCGCUUCCGCUGACGCCCGUCUCCGUCUCGGCUGCUGGGGCGACAACGACGACGACGACGACGACGACGACUGGCUCGUCGUGUCGCGACUCCGAGCACCGCCUCGACGACGAUCCGCUGCGGCUCGCCGACCUGCCCGCCGCCGACGAGGAUCUGCAUAUCUGGGACUCGCCCGACGACGACCGCGGCGUGGUGAAGAAGCUCCUGCGCCGGUUCAAGCGGCGGAACUGA